GCACGACGACAACGAUCGCGACAAUGAUGAUGUCGUGGCACGGCCACGACCAACACGACGAUGAUGCUGAUGACGUGGCACGAUGGCGAUGGUCUCAAUGAUGACGAUGAUGACAUGGCGACGACGAUCUCGACGAUGACGAUGAUGACGUGGCACGCGACGAAGGCGAUGAUGAAGCCAGUGGCCACCAUCAACCAUGAUAGCAAAAUUGAUUGGCUGGAAUUGAACCCUCGUGCGAGCCAUCUUCUCUAUCGUGACAAGAAGCGGCAACUACAUCUGUUCAAUAUCGUUACACAGGAGCGCGUGAGCUUAUUGAACUAUUGCAGCUACGUGCAAUGGGUCCCCGACAGUGAUGUUAUAGUUGCACAGGUAAAGGAAUGAACAUAACAUACUUUGACAAUUUAUCUACAAUGACCAUUACCUGACUGUUGUCAUUUCGACUCUUAGCGAG